AUGGCCAGCGGGUUCAACGACAUCGACCCGGAGCGAUGUGCCCACUACGCCCGCUUCGCUUCCCACCUCGACCGCCGGUCGUUUGACUUUAUUUACUGGUUCCUCUUUGGCCUAGUCAUCUUUAUGCUCUUUCUCGCAUCAUGGAAAUACAGCGGCGACCUCGACAAAAUCCAAAAACUCGGCCUCGAGCCCGGCUCACGCGCCCACCAAAACAAAAUGAAGAAAUGCAUGCUCAUCUGCAGCAUCUACGCCGUAGUCUCCGUCGUGGCCGUCGUCAUGGAGGUAUUCGCCCUCAUGGCCCUGCAGUUCUGUGACGGCGAGGACCUCAUGCCGCUGUACUGGUCCACCUGGACCAUGAUGCAGGUCGGCUCCGUCAUUGCUAUUAUGGGGAUUAUGUUGGCUAUGUUCAACAGCUUGCGUGGGAGCAAGAAUCCACCAUGGGCCCUCGCCCUCGGCACUCCCGUCCUAGUAGUAGCAGGCAUAGGCCACGCCGUCCACGGCGCCGUGCACAGGCGAGUCAAGCACGUCCGGUCCAUGAGCCGCGGCCGAAAGGGCAGGGGGGCAUUCGGCUCGGCCAGCAGUUCCAAUGCCCGGCUGGAUGUGACGACGGGCCAGGAUCUACCCAUGAGUAGGGAACUCACCCUCCGCGCAGACGAAAGCGAACGCGACGACCCGGAAAUCGCCGCCAAAUUCGUCGGUUUCACUCCCGACGGUGCGCCCAUUCUCAAGUUCACCGAUGCCGAUGCUGUCAACACAAGUAACUUCGAUCCCGAGCACAGUGUUAUUGUCAGCCGGGGGGAUGGACAUGUUGUUAUUGCUUUCAAACGCCCGAUGGCGUCUGCUUUUGUUCAGGAUGGCGGCGCGGCGAAUGGUGGGAGUGGGAACGGGAGUAAUGGGAGCAAUGGGGAUUACUUCAGUCGGCCGAGGGUGAGGUCGAGUGGGACGACGAUGAUUUCUCCCGGUAAGGCUGCUGCGGCUGCGGCUGCGGCUGGUACGAGUGCGCCAGCUACAGGUGCGCCGGGUGGUACAUCGGGGGGUUUGUCACGGUCGCCUGUGGUCAGGAUAGCGACGCCGCCGCCGACGGCGUUUGGGACGGAGAAGGAGAUUACUCUUUGA